AAGCUGAGUGACAGGGCGGUGCGCGCUGGGGCUCAGCGCAGAAACAGGCGGAGGGGGUUGCCUGCGCUUGUGCGUGAGGCGAGGGGUGGAGGCAGGCACUCCCGCCGCACAAACCGCUGGAGUUGGGGGGCGAGCGCGUUGGUGACGCGGGGCCCUCACGUGACCUGGAGCUGCAGAGCGACGCAGCCUUCGGUGCAGUCGUCACUCCCGUCUGGGUACCGGCUCCCCGCGGUCCUGCGCCUGGCGGGCUGGCAUCGGGCCCGAGGAAAGCGGAGCAGGUCUGCGGGUGUAGGUGUCAAGUGUCGUGGCGGCGCACUCACGGCGAGAAUCGGGAGAAGGAGGAGACAGCAAGGAUAGGCCCAGAAAAACAACCAGGAAAAAAAAAAUCUCAUGGCAAAUAUCCACCAGGAAAACGAAGAAAUGGAGCAGCCCAUGCAGAAUGGAGAGGAAGACCGCCCUUUGGGAGGGGGAGAAGGCCACCAACCUGCAGGAAAUAAUAGACGGGGACAGGCUCGCCGACUUGCUCCAAAUUUCCGAUGGGCCAUACCCAAUAGGCAGGUCAAUGAUGGGAUGGGUGGAGAUGGAGAUGAUAUGGAAAUGUUCAUGGAGGAGAUGAGAGAAAUCAGGAGAAAACUUAGGGAGCUGCAGUUGAGGAAUUGUCUGCGUAUCCUGAUGGGGGAGCUCUCUAAUCACCAUGACCAUCAUGAUGAAUUUUGCCUUAUGCCUUGACUCCUGCCAUUUUCCAUGAGAUUAAUACUGUGAUUCAACACUGUUUUCUUUUUCCUUGCAUUUUCCUGAUAUACCUUUACUGAUUCGUUUGCUGUGAACCUUAUGUAAUUUUCAUGUGUCAGGUGGGUUCUGUGUUACCAGAUUCCAAUUGAAGAUUGCCUUGGCACCCAGUCUAAGUUUCUGUCAACAGUAGAGUCACCCAGUUGCAUGAAAAAGUGUAAAGUUAAUAAAGCAAUUAAAAAGCAACCUAUA